CUGCGUGCGCAUCCCCGCCCACCUGUUACAGAAACCGUUUCAAACAGCUCGUGCCCGCUUUCCCCUCCCCAUUCAAGGUGCGGCUGAGGAACAGGUGUGUGAAGAAUCAUCUGAGAACGCUUAUAAAUUGAAAUAUCACGGUUUCUGCUAUCUUAUUUCUGGAGCGCUAAGGAAUACGUACAUAGAUAACAACAGAAGAAGUUACUCUGGUAGCAACAAAACAGACUUAACUAAAACACCGUCCGAUAGGGAGUCGGGGAUUUGUGCCUUCAGAGCAGGUGGACGUCGUCUUUGUUUCUUCGAAGUCAACUCGUUGAAGGAGGAGUACAAAUGGCCAACUCCGGUGUUCAGAUGCUGGGCUUCGCCCUGGCCCUGCUGGGCGCAAUUGCGUUGAUAGUUGGUACCAUUAUGCCCCAGUGGAAGAUGUCUGCUUAUGUUGGAGACAACAUCAUAACAGCAGUGUCCAUGUAUGAAGGACUGUGGAUGUCCUGUGCGUACCAGAGCACAGGCCAAAUGCAGUGCAAAGUCUACGACUCUAUACUGCAGCUCAACAGUGCCCUCCAGGCAACCCGCGCCCUCAUGGUUGUGAGUAUAGUUCUAACGGUAGUAGGCCUGGGUGUAUCCACCAUGGGAAUGAAGUGCACCACUUGCGGAGGAGAUGACAAAACGAAGAAGUCCCGCAUUGCCAUGACUGGUGGCAUUGUUAUCCUUGUUGGAGCUUUGUGUGCUGUUAUUGCCUGCUCUUGGUUUACCUAUGACAUCAUCCAGGCCUUCUACAAUCCUUUCACCCCUGUCAAUACAAAGUAUGAGUUUGGCGCUGCCGUCUUCAUUGCCUGGGCUGGAGCAUUCCUGUCUGUAGUGGGAGGUGCCAAGAUGGCAGCAUCCUGCCGAAGAGGCAAAUCUGCACCAAGGUACCCAAAGCCCGCCACCUCCACCUCCAAGGAAUAUGUUUGAACAGGACAGGACUGGGUUUCAUAGGCUGAAGGGACACUUGACAUUCAUGCUAGUCCAACUCAGAGAAAGAAGCAUUGCCAAGAGGCAACUGGUACACUUAAUUUUAAGUUUUUGCAGGGCUACCCUGUGAUAUUACUGUAAUAUUUUAUCAAAUGCCUUCAGGAUUUAAAUGACUGUUUACCCCUAAGAAAGAGCUACAGUCUGUGCUUACUAUUCAGUAUACGAUCCACUUAGUUGACACCUGUGGGUGGUCAAACACCAGAGAUACUGUACAAGUUGUAGAAAACGCUGUCCACAUGCUACAAUGUUUAGUGCAUUGCAGUGUACAGUUUGUGGAAAAUUGUGAAUGUACUCACUAGAAAUCGGUGCAAUGGACAGCGCUUAACCCACUUGUUACUGCGUAGGCUGGAUUCAUAGUACCAGAGAAGCUUGUGUGUUAUUUAUAUGAACAAGUCAAAUAUUCAGUACCAGUGUAGGC